ACAAUUAUAGUUCCAUAGUUUCGAUAGUACAGAGUUUCUGGCAAACACGUUUGUGGUGAACUAUAUAACAAGCACUCGUCAACUAUAUUUUUAAUUCAUUAGACCUUUCUAACCCUGAUGUGGCGUCCCGCUAAGACUGCAGAGGAAACAGCAAAAUGAAAGGCAGAAAGAGGGAUUUCAGCGUCGAGUUAAAAUCCAGGAUAGAUUCACAAGACAGCAAAAUCUUCAAUCCUACGUCACGGAAACGAGUUCUAAUCAAAGUUGGGGGACGAAUAUUUGAGACGUGGGAUGAAAACCUGAGAAAUCAUCCGUCGACACUUUUGGGCAGCGACGAAAAGGAAUUGUAUUUUAACCCACAGACAAAGAUGUACACAUUCGACCGCGAUCCACAAAUGUUUCGACACAUCUUAAACUAUUACAGGAUUGGUAGACUUCAUUAUUCCAUAGACUACUGUGCGGACGAGUUUCGCGACGAACUGUCAUUUUUCAGGAUAUCAAUUAAUGCAGUGGACAAUUGUUGCUGGGAUGAUUACCGUCAGCCUAAAAGUAUUAACAUAAAUAAAGUCUUUAAUAUGGAAGAUUCCGGGGAUGAAGUGGACCCGGCGAAGGAAACCAUACUGGUCAAAAUAUGGAACAUAUUCGAUAACCCAGAGAAAUCGGUAUUUGGUGGAGUGUGGUACUAUAUAUCAGGGUUAAUGAUCGCAUUGAGUAUUGCUUGUACCGUGGUAGAAACUGUACCUCCACCCUGUGAAGAUAAAUUGAUUUGUAGCAUAGAACACGCUAAAUUAUGUAAUAAACCAUUCAACGAAUCAUCUUUUGGAACAACUAUUGACUCAGCCAUUAACAGCAAGGCCUGUUAUGAACUACGAGACUACCUGACAUCAAAAGAAAACGUAUUUUUUAUUCUGGAAAGUAUUUGCGUUGGUGUCUUUACGUUUGAAUACCUGGCUAGAUUCAUAUCAGCUCCUGACCGAUGGGAGUUUGUCAAGUGUUUUAUGAGUAUGGUAGAUUUAAUAUCCAUUCUUCCUUACUAUUUGGGUAUUAUACUAGAUAUAUUUCAACUUAGUAUUGACAGUCUUGGAGCUUUGGUGCUACUGCGAGUGCUCCGUGUAUUCCGCGUUCUCAAGUUCACACGCCAUAGUAGCAGGCUACGUAGCCUUUUGUUUGCUAUUCGUCGCUCGGCAUCAGAGCUCGGCUUCAUUGUCUUUAGUUUAUCUCUUGGCGUCAUUUUGAUUUCAAGUUUGUUGUAUUACGUGGAGAAGGACGGUCCAGCGGCUGACUUUUUUAACAGCAUCCCAGCAGCCAUGUGGUACUCAGUGAUUACUAUGACAACCACAGGGUAUGGAGACUGUGUUCCCAGUACAUCGUUUGGUAAAAUCGUUGGUAGUGUUGGUUGUAUAGUGGGGGUACUCAUGAUUGCACUACCUGUGCCCAUCAUACAGAAAAAGGCAAAUCUCCAAAUGGGUUUACUAGAUGAAGUCGACGAAGCAUUUUCUAAAGAAUAAUUGCUGCGAUCAGUGUGUAACUAUUAUGUGAACACAUAUCACUAGAUGACAUAUGGCUUAAUUGUAAUUAUAGGCUUGGAUUAUAUUGUUUAUUUAAAGUCUGUAUCAACUAUACAGCGUUUUUCAAAAAUUAUGUAAAAGUUAACAAUUUAUAUCUACCCAUAAUAUGGGUGCAUUGCGGGAAGUUUCCGCUGUAAAAGUGCCUAAAACCCUCUUUAAAGUAUAAAUCGAAAUAUGUUAUUCAGAGUUCAAUUGGAUUGCUGAAUGUUUUUAACUAACGUAUUGACAACUAGCAAUUAAUUAGUAUUAACAUAUAUGCAUAUAUAUUGAUAGUUUUCAUUUUACAGAUUUUUUUGCAAAACGCCGUAUAUGUAAUAUAUCUAUAUUUAUAGCAUUCACUUUUGAAAUGGUUUCCUAACUGAAUAUAACAGUGAGUUUUGCUAAAUAGUCUUAAUAUACAAAUAAAAUAUAAGGAGGAUCUCAUUACAGUCAUGACAGAAUAACUAAAAAGAAAGAACGGAUAGCGUGAAAUAUGUUAGUCAUUUUCUUCGGCCUUGAUUUUGACGAGAUCCACUAAACAUUAAAAUGUACUCAUUUAUUUGCUA